AUGGAUGGCUCCAUAAUCGGGAGCAUGGCGUCCCUUCCCGCCUUUCGAGAAUACUUCAACGUCGGUACAAGUGGCUCGGGGAUUGCUAUCAUCAUAGCAGGCAUGUCUAUCGGAAACGCGGUGGCCAGUAUUUUCCAGUGGACUUCUGAUCUCAUCGGUCGCCGAGGCGUUACCUGGCUCGGCAACUCCAUCAUUGUCAUCAGUUGUGUGAUACAAGCAGCUGCUCCAAACAAUAUCUGUAUGAUCCUGGGUCGCGUCAUUGGAGGAGCGGGUUGCUCUCUCAGCGCAACUGUCGGCCCAAUGUACAUAAGUGAAAUUGCACCCGCCUCUCAUCGUGGCAUGGCCGUGGGGCUGUUCUGCUCGUGCUAUAGCAUCGGUGCUAUCGCUAUCGCCUGCGUGAUUCUGGGGGGCUCUUACAUGACGGGAGACUGGAGCUGGCGAAUGCCCAUGAUAGUUCAGAUCAUUCCGCCUUUAACCGUGGCUCUUUUAGUCUAUCCCCUAACCCCAGAAUCACGAAGAUACUUGGUCUACAAAGGACAGAUUAAUAACGCCAAGAAGGUUAUUGCUCUCUAUCACACAAGUAGUGAGGACAUCGAAGAUCCCAUUGUCACCGCGGAGAUCGACCAAAUCCAGCACUCCAUUGAGUCUGUUGACUCAAAACCAUGGGAUUUUAGUACACUUUGGAAAACGAAGAGUGCCAGGUAUCGACUUUUGCUCAUCUUCCUUUAUGCCUUUAUCCAGCAAUGCAAUGGAACCGGAAUGCUGGGCUAUUAUCUACCAGGGAUUUUGACUCUGGUCGGGAUUACAAACAGUCAACAACAGUUAGCUAUAAACGUAGGUAUGACAGUUGCCUCAUACCUAUCCACACUUGCGGGAGCCCUAAUCAUCGAUCGCGUCACUCGGCGAUUCCUCCUCGCAAGCACAUUGAUCGUCUUCAUCUUUUUUCUGUCUCUCAUGUCCGUCACUGAUGGACUCUUUGCCAACGGCAUCGCCAAGAAUGCCAUGGGUAUUCUGACCAUAGUAGCUAUUUACUUGUUCCAGAUCUCCAAUGGCCUUCUUUCGUCGACCCUUCACAGUGUUUACCCGACCGAGGUCCUCCAUUAUAGCCAAUGUGCCAAGGGCAUGGGGCUGUAUUCGUUUUUCCAAAAUUGCUUGGGCUUUGCCAUGACAUAUGGUGUAGGUGAACUGCUCGCAAAAAUCGAGUGGAAGACUUACUUCAUGUUCAUUGCGAUCGACUUAGUCUUUCUAUACCUAACUUGGUAA